GUACCCCCCCGCCCCCUCUCCAGCUUGUGUAACAACGGAGGCGCCGCGUGGCUGCUAGCAGCCACACGGAACCACGCUGCUCCGGGUAGCUGCCCAGGCUGUCCUAAGGAUGCGGCGACGACAAGGAAAGCGAAAGGCGGAGGGCACCGAGCUGCCAGGCGUGUCUCGGAGGAGGACGGAGGAAGAGGAGGCGGUGCAGGAGGCCCGGCGGAGGGCAGCCCCGUCUGUACGGGAGUUUAAGUUCAACAAAAAGCGGGUUCGCCUCGUCUCGCAGGGCUCAGACCUGAAGGAUGAUGCUCGGUGCAUUCUCUACUGGAUGUCCCGGGACCAGCGGGUGCAAGAUAACUGGGCUUUCCUCUAUGCCCAGCGCCUGGCCCUCAAACAGGAGCUGCCUCUGCACAUCUGUUUCUGCCUGGUGCCCAAAUUCCUGGAUGCCACCAUCCGCCACUAUGGCUUCAUGUUGAGGGGCCUGCAGGAGGUGGCCAAGGAGUGUGCAGAGCUGAACAUCCCCUUCCACUUGCUGCUGGGCUAUGCCAAGGAUGUGCUGCCUGCGUUCGUGGUGGAUCAUGGAGUGGGAGGGCUGGUGACAGACUUCUGUCCCCUCCGCCUCCCCCGGCAGUGGGUGGAAGAUGUCAAGGAGCGGUUGCCAGAGGAUGUGCCUUUUGCACAGGUUGAUGCCCACAACAUUGUGCCAUGCUGGGUCGCCUCCCCCAAACAGGAGUACAGUGCCAGAACCAUCCGGGGCAAGAUCCACGCUCAGCUGCCUGAAUUCCUCACAGAGUUCCCCCCUAUCAUUCCUCACCCAUAUUCCCCUUCCUGCCCAGCAGAGCCCAUUGCUUGGGAGGCCUGUUAUUCCAGCUUGCAGGUGGAUCGCACCGUGAAGGAGGUGGAGUGGGCAACCCCUGGCACAGCUGCAGGGAUGGCUGUGCUGAAGUCCUUCAUCACUGAGCGCCUGAAAUCUUUCAGCUCCCACCGAAACGACCCCAACAAGGCGGCACUCAGCAACCUCUCCCCGUGGUUCCACUUCGGCCAGGUUUCCACCCAGCGAGCCAUCCUGGAGGUGCAGAAACACCGGCGCAAGUACAAGGAGUCAGUGGAUGCAUUUGUGGAGGAAGCUGUGGUGCGUCGGGAGCUGGCUGAAAACUUUUGCUACUACAAUGAGAACUACGAUAGUGUGAAAGGUGCCUAUGACUGGGCACAAACCACCCUGAAUCUCCAUGCCAAAGACAAGAGGCCUUUUCUCUACAAGCUGCAGGAGCUGGAACAGGGGACCACGCAUGACCCGCUCUGGAAUGCUGCCCAGCUACAAAUGGUCCAGGAGGGCAAGAUGCAUGGCUUCCUGCGGAUGUACUGGGCCAAGAAGAUCCUGGAGUGGACCCGCUCCCCUGAGGAGGCCCUGCAGUUUGCCAUCUACCUCAAUGACCGCUACGAGCUGGACGGGAGGGACCCCAAUGGAUACGUAGGUUGCCUCUGGUCCAUCUGUGGCAUACACGACCAGGGCUGGGCAGAGCGGGCCAUCUUCGGGAAGAUUCGCUACAUGAACUACGCCGGCUGCAAGCGCAAGUUUGACGUGGGCGAGUUUGAGCGUCGCUACACUCCCUGCACGCCCUCCCAGUGACAGGGACAGCCUGCCUGGAGAUGGCUCCUUCCCCGCCAUGCUGGGGGGCACAUGUGCCUUUGCCCAGGUGCCAGCUCACACCUUACACACUGGCCAGGGAUGGCCCUGGGUGCUGUUGGAGGGCUUGCUGCAACAAACCUCAGGGCUUUGCAGUUCUCCCUCCCCUGCUCGAGCUGCCAUGCUGGGGCAGCUGCUGGAGCCUUGCAGGACUGUCCUGCAGGCAUGGGUUUGCUGGCAGCUGCAUGAGCCCAUCCUCAGCCUGACAGAAACCUUUUCUGCACCCACCAUGCUCAGGAGUAAGCCCAAGUCACAGCUGCUACUGCAAACCACAGCUUAGAUUUAGGCUGAGCAGGGCUUUUCUGCAGAGACAGUGCUGUGCUGGUCUUGCACACAUUUCAAUAGUUGUUUUAUGGUUUACAGUUUGUA